GUCAUGUUUGAUUAUAACACCUAAAGAAGCAGCUUUUAACACCCAGACACUGCUUCUUCUCCUUUUUCUCUUCUUUUUUUCUUUUUUAAACAAAGUCAAAUAGAUUCAGUGGAGUGAGACGGAAGCUGACUAAUGGGUUGAGAGUAACAGAGGAUCUGCUGAGGUUUCAGUGACGGGGGAGUCACCUGGGAGGAUGCUCCUCAGCUCCACUAUAUAAGAGUGAGCAGAUCAAGAGGGGACCAUGAAACGGCUUCAGAGAGAAGAAGGGCACCCAUCAGCGCACUUUACAAUACUUCUCUCAGACCCUCAACACAAAGGAACACAGGUGAGGAUAUUUGUACUUUGACCUUUUAUACAUGACAUAUUAUUUCUCUUCUAAUUGUUGUAUUCACAGUCUCUCUCUCUCUCCCUCCCUCCCUCUCUCUCUCUCUCUCUCUCUCUCUCUCUCUUUCUCUCUCUCUCUCUCUCAUCUUUCUAAAGCUCAAACAAUGAAAAGCGCUCACUCUUUGGCUGGAGUCCUGCUCCUCAUCAUGAUCCAAAGCAGCUGGCAGAUGCCUGAUCAGGACACAGACCGGAACCCCAUGCUAUUGGCUGAAAACUCCAUGAUGGCCGAACCCAUUGAGCUCCCAAACAUGAAGAGGCAUUCAGAGGGGACAUUUUCCAACGACUACAGUAAAUAUCUGGAGACGAGAAGAGCACAAGACUUUGUCCAGUGGCUAAAGAACUCAAAAAGGAACGGGAGCUUAUUCAGACGUCAUGCAGACGGCACUUUCACCAGUGAUGUGAGCUCCUACCUGCAGGACCAGGCAGCCAAGGACUUUGUGAUCUGGCUGAAGAGCGGCCGAGGAAGAAGAGAGUGAACUCAACCAGUAGCUCUCUUUAUAAUGCAACAUUUCACACUGACUCUGUGCUACUAUAUGUCUCACAAUCUGUACUAGACUUUUUCUUGGUCAUGCUAUUAAAUCCCCCCUCAAAAGAAGCUCUGUCGGCCUUCAAUGGUUGAAGGAAAUGUUGUCACAAUGCAAAAAAAGUUACAUCAUGAUUGAUUUUUUUGUUUCACAUUCUGCCUUUUUUCGUCUUCUUUCUCACAUAAAAUUUGUAAGAUUACGUUACAAUCAUGUUAUUAAUCUGAAUUGCAGCUGCGAUAAUUACAUCUGUAGAUAGUCUCAAUGCCUUUUACUAUUAUUCAGAUAAAAGUCAUAUUUAGUUUUCAAUAAAGAAA